CUCCAACAACAACAGUAACAAGAGAAGCGAACUUCCGCCGCUGGCGUCCGGCCGAGCGCGCGUCCGCCUCAGACCCUGCCCUCCCUGCGCGGCCUGGCGAGCACUGUGGGGAGUUGGCUCGAGAAAGCCUCUUGCUUUCGGGAGGUAAACCCUUACACCCUCUGCUUGGCAAAAGACAGCGUUUACCUUCCCGGGUUAUCCUGGGGCACCUCAACACCUGUCAUCACACACAGUCUUUGAAGACAACACCGAAAGCAAAUCCCACCUUUCUCCAGGACCACAGGAAUCUACGUAGCCCUGUUUAAAAAGGAAUAGCUGUUGCUACUAUCCACUUAAGAAUCCUAAGCUGCCCUAACGUAUCUUGGAAUCACGGAAGAGCGUGAUCACACAUUUUUCACCAUUAGACUUACAAGAUGGAUGUUACCAGUUUAUCCCAUGGAAGUCUACUUUCUGGGGACUCAGUCUGCAGUCAUGAAGAAGACAUAGAGACAGAAAGGACAGUGGCUGACUCCCUGAGAGAUUACCAAGAUUCAGAAACCUUUGAGGAUAUGGCUGUGGAUGGCCUCCAGGUGGAAGAACCUUUAAUGAACCCGACGCAGACAAGCGUCCAUAGUGAUGAGAUGGUGAAGAAUUACGAGAACCUGGCCACAGUAGGAUGUCAGACACCCAUCAAACCCAGCCCUAUGGCUUGCUUGAAAGAAGAAUUGCUGACUGGGCAGAAAGGAGUUCUCCCAGCAUUGGAAAUGCAGUUACAAACCAAAGAUUCAGCACUUCAGCAGGGUUUUUUGACUGAACAUACUUCUGGUGGGAUACAACUGGACUCGGUGACCUUUGAGGAUGUGGCUGUGGAUUUCACCAAGGAGGAGUGGACUUCACUGGACCCAAUUCAGAGAAACCUUUACAAAGAUGUGAUGCUGGAGAACUACCAGAACCUAUCUACAGUUGGACGUCAGCUGUUGAAACCCAGCCUCAUCUCUUGGUUGGAGGAAGAAGUAGAAUUGACCAUAGUGGAGCGAGGCUUUCUCCAAGAAUGGGAAAUGCACCUUAAAACAAAAGGUCCACCCCUUGAGAAGGAUAUUUUCUGGUCAGAUAUAUCAAAUGAGAUACAGCAGGCAGGAAGUGACAAUGGAGGGGAGCUCUGUGACUCGAAGCAAUCUGGAAAAGUCUUCAGUGAAUAUCCAGGCUUUCAGGUACAUAUGAGUACUCCGAAUACAGAGGACACUUCAGAGUCUAAUCAAUAUGAAAAAGACUUCCUUCCGCUGCUGGAAAAAACCUCUCCUGAAGAGAAAUUCUCUCUGUUGAACCAGUGUGCAGAGCCUUCUACCCUCGCUCUAGAUACUUUCCACAGAACUACUCAAGACAAAUCCUUUGAGGGCAGCGACUCUGGGAAAGCUUUUGUUAAUCAGUCACAGCUUCGGGCCCACAUGAAAAGUCACAGUGGAGAAAACCUCUCUGAAUUGGAGCAGUGUGGGAAAGCUUUUGCUCUCUCCACAAACAGUGAUGGGUAUGCUCAAAUGCCCACUGAGAAAAAUUUCUAUGAAUGUAAGAAAUGUGGGAAAUUCUUCACACACCCAGCUUACCUUAAUAUUCAUAUGCAGAACCACCCUGUUGAAAAACCGUAUAAAUGUCAGGAAUGUGGGAAAGCCUUCACACAGCGCUCCAGCUUAAUUGUACAUCUACGACAGCACACUCGAGAGAAGUCUUACGAGUGCAAGGAAUGUGGGAAAGCCUUCAUUCAGCCCUCACGCCUUACUGAACAUAUGAGGUGUCACACAGGAGAGAAACCCUUUCAGUGUGACCACUGUGGGAAUGCCUUUGCUUCUUCCUCUUAUCUUACUACACACCUGAGAACCCACACUGGUGAGAAGCCCUUUGAGUGUAACGUAUGUGGAAAAGCAUUUACACGUUCUUCCUACCUUCUUGGUCACAUACGAACUCACACUGGAGAGAAACCCUAUGAAUGUAAAGUAUGUGGGAAAGCCUUCAGUGGACGCUCAUGGCUUACUAUUCAUUUACGAAAACAUACCGGGGAGAAGCCCUAUGCAUGUACAUUAUGUGAAAAAGCCUUCACUAGCUUUGCUCAACUUACUGAGCACACAAAAACUCACACUGGCGAGAAACCCUUUCAGUGUAAGGUAUGUGCAAGAACCUUUAGAAAUUCCUCAUGCCUUAAGACUCACUUUCGAAUUCACACUGGAAUAAAACCCUACAAAUGUAACUUCUGUGGGAAGGACUUCACUGCCCGGUCAGGCCUUACUAAGCAUGUACUCAUUCACAAUGGUGAGAAACCCUAUGACUGUAAGGAGUGUGGGAAAGCAUUUAGUACAUCCUCGGCGCUCGUUGAACAUAUAAGAAUUCACACAGGGGAGAAGCCCUUUGAAUGUUACAAAUGUGGUAAAGCCUUGGCUUAUUCCUCCUCUCUUGUUGCACACUUGAGAUCUCACACUGGAGAGAAGCCCUUUCAGUGUAAUCUGUGUGAGAAAGCAUUUUCCCGAUCUUCUUACCUUCGCAUUCACAUGCGAACUCACACUGGGGAGAAACCCUAUGAAUGUACAGAAUGUGGGAAAACCUUCCCUGAGCGCUCAUGUCUUACUAAGCAUGUAAGGACACAUACUGGGGAAAGGCCAUAUGAAUGUAAGGAGUGUGGGAAAGGUUUCACCAGCUUUGCUCAACUUACAGUACACAUAAAAACUCACAGUAGUGAGAGGCCCUUCAAAUGUAAGCUAUGCACAAAGUCUUUCAGAAAUUCUUCAUCCCUGGAGACCCACUUUCGAAUUCACACUGGAGUAAAACCUUAUAAAUGUACUUACUGUGGGAAAGACUUCACUGCACGCUCAGGCCUUACUAUACAUUUACGAAAUCACACUGGUGAGAAGUCCUAUGCAUGUCAAGAGUGUGGGAAAGCCUUCACUACUUCCUCAGGCCUUAUUGCACAUGUACGAAGUCACAAAGGUGAGAAACCCUUUGAAUGUGACCACUGUGGGAAAGCCUUUGCUUCCUCCUCGUAUCUUAAUGUACAUCUGAAGAUUCACACUGGAGAGAAACCUUUUCAGUGUACAGUGUGUGGAAAGACAUUUACCUGUUCUUCUUACCUUCCUGUUCAUAUGCGAACGCAUACUGGGGAGAAGCCCUUUCAGUGUAUGAUAUGUGGAAAAUCAUUUUUGUGGUCCUCGUACCUUCGUGUUCACAUGCGAAUUCACACUGGAGAGAAGCCCUAUGUAUGUAAGUACUGUGGAAAAGCCUUUACUGAGCACUCAGGCCUUAACAAACAUUUACGAAAACACACCGGAGAGGCACCAUUUGGAGAGAGACCCACACCAUUCAGAGAGACACCCACAGCAUUUGGAGAGACACCUGCGCCUGCAUCUUUUGGAGAGACGACACCAUUUGCAACAACACCCUAUGAAUAUAAGGAAUGUGAGGAAACCUUAAAUAGUGCUGAUGCUAACAUAAGUCCCGACAUUAAUGAACAUGAAAACUCUGGAGAGAAAUGCUUUGUAAGGAAUUCAGAAAAUGUUUCGGGAAGUCCUUGAUCGUUAGCAGUUGCAAUUCAGUUUCAAGAAAUUUUAAGAAUAUAUGCAAUGUAAACCUUCAUUUGUGGCUUGAACUCUGAGGAUGCUCCCUGAAUUUAAGGAACAUGGAAGUGUCAUUGAACUCAAUUUGAAGCUAUGUAGAAUACAAAACAUGCAAGCCUCUUUGUAUUUCCUUGAGUCUUAAUAAAUUUGUGAGGAGUUCCUAUAGAGCGAAUGAAUUUUGUGGAAGUAGUUCUGGCAAGUAGUUUGAUUUCACAGUGAAAAACUAGAUGAAAGGUAGAAGUGCUGUUGGAAAAUCACUUUUUAUGUUAUUUAACUUUGGCUAAGUGGCAUUUUAAACAGAAACUACAUGUAUGUGGUAAGGUAUUUGUUUUACUAUCCUAAAGUCUUAUAUAACAGUCAUGGCUUUCUGGAUGGUUCUUUAGAUAAACUUUGAGUAUUUCAAGUAUUUUACUAUUUGUGUACUUUUAUAACUUUAGUUGUAAGUUUCUAAUUUUCACUGUAGUGUUCCUUAAAGUAUAUUUAAUGUGCUUGAAAAUUGUUUUAAAUUUGGGACCUGAUAUCUGCAUAAUUAAACAUUAAGAAAUGAUAAGGACAAACCCAGUGUAUCCAUCACCUAAUUCAGCUUUUAUUUGUUGUGUCAUGGAUACACUUACUACUGUCUUAUGUUUCAAGUAUAUACUACAUUAGUGUGAACUAAAAAUCACAAGAUCACACAUAAUUUUCACAUACUUAGUCAUCAUCUUUUUUGUACCUUUGUUCAGUUUCUUCCCUUUCCUCCCAAUCCCUAGCCUUUUGUAACUACUAUUCACUCUGUGCUUUGACUUCUUUGGAUUCCACUUGUGAUAUUGUGCGGUGUUUGUCUUAUUGUACCUGGUUUAUUUCACUUUACACAGUGUCCCAGGUUUGAAGUGUAGUAUGGCAGAUGACAGGAUUUCCUCCCAUUUCAGUGGCUAGUAAAACUGCAUUUUAUCCAUUUGUCUGUUUUUUGUUUGUUUUGAGACAAGGUCUCACUGUGUAGUUCAGGCUGGCC